AUGGGGGCAGCGGUCAUGGCCAUCCCGGCGGGAGCGCUGGGCAACGCCUUUUCCGAACUCGUGGAGAAGGAGAUGAACGACGAGGAAGCAGCAGAGCAGCAGGAUGGAGUGGAUCCAGAGGCCCAGACGCAGAAGACUCCGCUGAAGGUGGGUGUUGACACUGUUCGUUGCCUCGACGGUGAGAGAGAGGUCAAAACCUACCCGGUGACGGAGGAUUUUGCGGUUGACCUGGCAGAUGCCUGGUUUAUUCUCAGCGUGCUAUUGGUGGCGGCAUCCUCACUUUAUUUCAUUCUGGGCACUCUGAGAAACUUACCCUCGCGCUUAGAUGAGCUGUUAUUUGUCCUGGCAGUUCUGGAUGUGAUUGCAACUGUGACAUUUUCAGUGGAGUACAUCUACAGGAUCCGGGCGGCCAGCAGUGUUAGCAGUGGCUUGUCCUCCCUGCGGUACAUCGUGAGUGGUUUCGGCAUCAUCGACGGCCUGUGUGCGCUGAUCCCAGCCUUCGGCUAUGUAUAUCCAAAGCCAUUCUUGCGCGCUUUUGCCACGCUGCGUAUUCUCAAGCUGGAGCGAUACAUCGGAGCUUUCAGCUCCUUCAAGCAGAUCUUGUGGCAAAACAGGGCAGUGCUCUCUGUCACUGGCGGCGCAGCAGCCGUGAUGUGGGUGAUUUUCAGCACCCUGAUGUACUACGCUGAACGCAAGAAUCCGGACCCAGAGAUGGCUAGCCACUACUCGAGCGUGUCCACUUCCAUGUGGGUAACACUUCUGAACUUGUCCGGGGAGGCUCCGCUGUGCGAAUACACCACGGCUGGAAAGUUCAUCUCUGCCUUGAUGGGAUUGAUCGGGGUCGGCUUCGUGACGAUUCCCAUGGGAGUUCUUGGUUCAGGCUUCCAGGACCUGUUGGAACAGGAGGAGGAAGCCACUGCAUCCACUGCCCCAAAAAAGCCAGGCCCAGCUGUGGAACCUCAGUGGAUGACCUUCAGACAACUUGUAUACAAGUUCCUGCAAGGCUCAGCAGCGAACCAGGUCGAAGACCUGAAUCGCUGGGAAGCCCGUGCGGUGUAUUUUGAACGACUUAUUUUCUUCACCAUUUUUGUGACUGUUAUGGCUGCCAUUAUGGAGACCGUGGAUGGCUUUGAUCCACCUGGCUCCUUCAACCGUCAGGUUCUGGAUGUCAUUGAGAUCAUGGCCACACUUCUUUUCACCGUUGAGUAUGGCCUUCGGUACUUCUCAGCACCAGAGGCACCAGAGUGGGCAGCCAGGGGCUACGUAAGUGACAGUGCAGCUCGGUGGAGUUUUGCCACAUCCAUCUCCUCCAUCAUUGACCUUUGCGCCAUCGCACCAUACUACCUGGCCCUCUGCGGAUCCAGCCUGGCUGAUCAGUACGAUGGCGAGCUGCGCAUGCUUCGGAUCUUUCGACUGCUGACGCUGGACAAGUACAUUCCAUCUGUGUCAUUGAUUGGAAGGGUAUUCGCAAAGCACGCAAAGGAUUUCCAGAUGGCUGCCUAUGCUUCAGCCUCGCUUUGGUUGAUUUUCUCAGCACUGAUGUGGCUCACCGAGAGACACGACACAACAGAGGUAGAUGACCUUACCAUGGCCCAGCGAUACGGAACCAUGUUCAGCGCCAUGCCAUACACCUUGGUUCACCUCACAGGAGAUUAUCCCCUGAUUGACUAUGAUUUCCCUGCCAAGUGCGUGCUAUUCCUCGCCCUGCUCUUCGCAGUUGGAGUGGUGUCAGUUCCCACCGGUCUCUUAGCAUCUGGCUUCACGCAGGAGCUGAAAAAGUUCCGGGCAGAAGAAAGACAGAAACGAGUGGAUGCAGCCACCACCAUUGAGCGAGCAAUCAUCAGCUACUUGCGGCGGCGCCGUCUUCGAAAGAUUACUGAAGAGACAAAGGCUCAGAGCAUGAACUUGAAAAGACAAAAGGACAUCGUGAAAAAGGACAACCCAAACAAGAUCAAAAUGGUCGACUUUUUAGAACAAAAGACCCUAGCGGGACGUGUGUGGAAGAAGGUUAUGCUGCUCCUGAUCAUUCUGAAUGUUCUGGCAGUGAUUGGCGAAAGCAUGUCCUGGGUGAAGGAGGCCCUUGGCUCCGACUUCUUGAAUGGUUUCGAGUUAAUGAGUGUGCUACUCUUUACCUUCGAAUACCUAGCAAAUGUGUGGUCAGCAAAUGCCAACAUCAGGUACUGUUUUCAUCGUCGAAAUUAUACCCUGUCCUUCUUUGGUAUUGUGGACCUUGUGACUGUGGCACCCUUCUGGGUUCAGAGUGCGAUGUACCUUAGUGGGAUGCAGUUCAAUGCCUUCAUCUUCCGCAUCGCGCGGCUGCUACGAAUCCUGCAACUGGAAGACUUCGUGGAAAGCUUCACCUUGCUGGACGAUGCAUGGCGUAGCUGUCGGGAGACCAUGGUUGCGACGGGGUUCAUGGCCUUGCUGGUUUGGGUCUGUGGGGCUGUUCUCUUCUACGAAUUUGAGCAGGACAACCCUGCCAUGGAGGGCGCCUUCAAGGACCUGCCGUCCAGCAUGUACUUCACCAUCAUUUUCCUCGGCGGCGAGUGGGCAAAAAUAGACUUCACACCAGGUGGAAAGAUUGUGUGCGUGAUUUAUUGUGUUGUGGGUAUCGGGCUCUAUGGAAUACCCAUCGGUGCCGUGUUUGAAGCUUUCAGUGAUGUUUUGGCGGAUGAAGAGAAAGCAGAAGAUGAGUAAUCGGUCUGCGAUCCGUUAAGAUCAUUAAGCUCCGGCUUGAGCACCCUGGAUAUUGUACACUACCUGCGAUGACAGAGGCAAAGCCUCCGAAAUCUGCCGAUUGAUUCAACACUAAUGACUCUUGUGCCGUGUGGCCAUCUGCGUUUAAAA